UGCAGGGAUCAGGUAAUCUUCAUAGUUCUCGGUUCUAAAACUAGCACUCUUUGUUCUAAUUUUAUAUUCACUACUCCCCACUCAUUGUUAUUGAGGACAAGGCAAAGACUAUUCACCUCACUUCGGCACCAUUCUGUCCUUGGCGUCACACAUAUAUACCUUAAGGUAUCCGUGAGUCUGCUGCCACUCUCAGUAACUUCUUCACACACCACUAUCCUGACGCUCUGAUAACUUGAACUUUGGGAUAUAUCUUCAUCAUGAGCUACGUCCAGUGGCUCUUCGAGGGCUUAGACUACGACCAGAAUAAACCUAUCUAUAUCGAUGCGAACAACCCAAAUCGCAGCCUCUCCGCUGCCCAAGUCAAGACUUUAGUCCUGAAGAUAGGUUCAGGCUUGCAAAAGUUUGGCCUCCAGAAAGGCGACUGUGCUUGUGUGGUCAGCCUCAACGACAUUUAUUACACGCCGACAUACCUCGGCAUCAUCGCCGCCGGAGGAAUUUUCACUGGUGUAAAUCCAGGAUACACAGUUUUCGAGGUGGCACAUCACUUGCGUGUCUGCAAUGCGAAAUUCGUCAUCGCCGACUUACAAACCUUGUCCAAGGUUAAGGAAGCAGCUACGGAGGUUGGGAUCCCAGAAUCCAACAUUAUUAUCUUCGAUGUGCACCAUGAAGGUGUGCUGUCCGGGGCAACGUCCUUCUGGGACCUCAUCGGCGAUGAUGAGAUUACCGUGGUGGACGUAGUCGACUCAGCAAAUGUCCCUGCAUCAUACAUCAGCAGUUCUGGCACGUCAGGCCUCCCGAAAGCCGUGGUGAUUCCACACGCAUACUUGAUCAACCAGUGUCAGAUCCAGACUGAGAGGAAGAUGUCAUACGAGGUUAGCAGACUGUGUUGUCUUCCUCCGUUCCCUGCCUACGCCGCCCCGUCCCAGCAUGGGAUGCCACUGAAGACAGGAUCCCCCUGUUACGUUAUGCCGCGUUACGAUGGAAAUUCGGUUUUGGAUGCUGUUGAGAAGUAUCAAAUUACGGAGGUGCUACUUGUUCCACCGAUGGUGCUCUCGCUGCCCUUGUUGCCAAAGUGUACGAUCUCAGCUGUGGCAUCUCUGCGUCAGGUUUUCUGCGGCGGAGCGGCGAUUGCAUAUCAUAUCCAGGAACAGUUGUAUGACAUUCUUCAUCCGGAUGCUCGCAUCAACCAGAUCUUUGGGAUGUCGGAAUGCGGCUGGGUUUGUGGAUUCCAAUAUCCAGAGAAAGAUGAGACCAGUAGUGUUGGUCGGCCAUUUGCGGGGUUCUCCCUCAAAGUUGUAGAUGAUGCGGGAAAUGACUGCCUUGAGGAUGGCCAGGUUGGCGAAAUCUACAUCAAGCCUCCCUUCCCGAUGCUCGGGUACCUCAACAACCCGACGGCCACCGCGGAGGCUUUUGCUCCUGGUGGUUGGACCAGAAGCGGAGAUGUCGGAUACGUCAAGGAUUCUAAGUGGUACGUCCCUGACCGCAAGAAAGAUGUCAUCAAAGUCAAGGGCUGGCAAGUGAGUCCAACAGAGUUGGAGGGCGUCCUCUUGCUACACGAGGACAUCAUCGACGCGGGUGUGAUUGGCAUCCAGGCCGCCAAUACAUACGACGGUGCUCCCCGCGGCUUUGUUGUUAGGCGCCCAGGAAGCACUAUCACUGAAGAUGAUGCCAAGGUUUGGAUGAAGGAGAGGCUUGUGCGGUAUAAGCAGGUGGAUCGAGUUAUUUUUGUUACAGAUAUCCCACGAAACCCAACGGGGAAGAUUCUGAGGCGCCUGUUGCAGGAAGGCAAAUACACCGAGGAGGUCCCUGCUGUUGGCGAGCAUACUGCUGUGUCGGAGGCCGCUGUUGAGAAAGUCCUUGUCACUGAGAACGGAACCUCGAACUCUGCGGCUAUAGACGAGCAUGUUGCUGCACCAAAGGCCAUUGCUCAGGAGGUCCUUGUCGCUGAGAAUGGAACCUCGAACUCUGCGCCUAUUGAGGGGCAGAUUGCUGUACCAGAGGCCAUUGUUGAGGAAGCCUUCAUCACUGAGAAUGGGGUUUCAAGCUCUGCAGAUGCCAGCGAGCAUAUUGCUGCACCAAAUGCCAUUGUUGUCACUUGGAACGGGAAUCCAAAAGUCCUCGUCACUGAGAACGGAAAUUCAAGCCCUGCAGCUGUAUAUGAGUAUAUUGCUUUGCCAAAGACCGUUUAUCAGAAGGUCCUCGUCACUGAGAACGGAAACCCUGGCGCUGCGCCUGUCUAUGAGUAUUUUGCUGUGCCAGAGACAGUUUAUCAGAAGGUCCUCGUCACUGAGAACGGAAACCCUGGCGCUGCGCCUGUCUAUGAGUAUAUUGCUGUGCCAGAGACCGUUUAUCAGAAGGUUCUCGUCACGAGGAAUGGAAAUACUGGCUUUGCGGUUACCGGCGAGCAGAUUGCCGCACCAGAGACCGUCGAUCAUAAGGCCCCCGGCACUAAGAAUGGGCUUUCGGGUUCUACGACCGGCUGCAGCCACAUCGCUUUAUCAGAGGCCGUCGCUCAGAAGCUUCUUUCCACUGAGAACGGAAAUGCAAGCCCCGCGGCUGCUUGCGAGCAUAUUGUUUUACCAGAUGUCGUUGUUGAGGAGGUCCCCAUCGUUGAGAACAGGAUUUCAAGCUCUGUCUUACCCAGCGAAGAUCGUGUUGCUGUCCCUUCUUCCUGAUUUCGCGGAUUUACGGAUGAUAACUGGGGGUGUGAUAGGGCGUGAGUGGGCAUCAGGGAUUAUUUUUGUAGACGAAUGAUAUUUUUUGCUGGG